CUCUAGAGGCUUGUCAAGAAGAUGGCGGCUUCCUGGGCGGCAUGAAACAAUGUAUACUUAGUAAGAUCUCCAGUGAAAAGCGCACCCAGGGUCGAAUUCGUUCUCUGAGUCCUCCCUCUUGGUUUUUGAAAUUAAGUUAACGAAUCGGAACGAAGAAGUGGACAUGGCUUCUUCAGGGACAUCGGUUCUGCAGCCGCGCUGGAAGCGGGUUUUGGGUUGGUCUGGCCCGGUUCCUCGCCCGAGACACGGACACCGAGCUGUGGCCAUUAAAGAGCUGAUGGUGGUGUUCGGCGGAGGCAACGAAGGCAUCGUGGACGAGCUGCACGUCUAUAACACAGCCACCAAUCAGUGGUUUAUUCCUGCUGUCCGGGGAGACAUUCCUCCCGGCUGUGCUGCGUAUGGAUUUGUGUGUGACGGCACCAGACUCCUUGUGUUUGGGGGCAUGGUUGAGUACGGAAAGUAUAGCAACGAUCUUUAUGAACUACAGGCCAGUAGAUGGGAGUGGAAGCGUUUGAAGCCCAAAGCCCCCAAGAAUGGCCCACCACCAUGUCCUCGUCUGGGCCACAGCUUUUCCCUGGUUGGAAAUAAAUGUUAUUUGUUUGGUGGACUGGCUAAUGACAGUGACGAUCCCAAAAACAAUAUUCCCAGAUACCUGAAUGACCUCUACACGCUCGAGCUACGCCCGGGGUCUAACGUAGCAGGCUGGGACAUCCCCAUUACAUACGGUGUGCUUCCCCCUCCUCGGGAGAGCCACACUGCUGUUGUCUACACGGAGAAAACGUCCAAAAAGUCUCGUCUCAUCAUCUAUGGCGGCAUGAGUGGUUGUCGUCUUGGGGACCUCUGGACUUUAGACAUAGAUACUUUAACCUGGAACAAACCUGCCAUUAGUGGGGCGCCGGCACCUUUGCCCCGCAGUCUCCACUCUGCCACCACUAUAACCAACAAGAUGUUUGUAUUUGGCGGAUGGGUACCUCUGGUCAUGGAUGAUGUCAAAGUAGCGACACACGAGAAGGAAUGGAAGUGCACUAACACACUGGCUUGCUUAAAUCUAGACUCAAUGUCCUGGGAAACCAUCUUGAUGGACACGCUCGAGGAUAAUAUCCCAAGGGCCAGAGCCGGACACUGCACUGUGGCUAUAAACAAUAGGCUGUACGUCUGGAGUGGAAGAGAUGGCUACCGCAAAGCCUGGAACAACCAAGUUUGCUGCAAAGAUCUGUGGUAUUUGGAAACCAAUCGUCCUCAGCCUCCGUCACGUGUGCAGCUGGUCCGUGCCAACACCAACUCUCUGGAGGUGAGCUGGGGGGCGGUGCCUACUGCUGACACUUACCUGCUGCAGCUGCAGAAAUAUGACAUCCCUGCUGCAACAGCUGCCACAUCGCCAACGGUCAACCCAAACCCGUCUUUACCCAUCAACUCGCCUAAGAGUCCGGUACCCGCCGCUGCUGCUCCUGCGGCUCAGAGUCUGCCCCUCUCUGGGGUCACAAUGGUGCCACAAGUUCCUUCCCCCACCACCGCCAUGCCAAGCAGCCCGCUUGCAGCCUCACCUCGUGGACCAGCUAUUCUUAAAGUGGCAGCGCCUCAUUCCACCCCCGGGACGUCAGUCGUUACUGUGCGUCAGGUCACUCCAGGAGGAAAAUCCCCAGUCACGGUUACAUCACUUCCUGCAGGUGUCCGCAUGGUUGUCCCUGCACAGAGCACCCAGGGGACGCCAAUUGGCAGCAGUCCUCAGAUGAGUGGCAUGGCUGCUCUGGCUGCAGCUGCAGCUGCUACUCAGAAGAUCCCGCCCUCUUCCACUGUGCUAAAUGUUCCAGCCGGAGCCAUCGUGAAAACCGUGGCUGUGACUCCUGGAUCCACAGCUCUGCCAGCUACUGUCAAAGUAGCUUCACCUGUAAUGGUUGCUAAUCCCGCGACCCGAAUGCUGAAAACGGCUGCUGCUCAGGUCGGCACUUCCGCCAUCUCUACUCCUAACACUCCGACUCGGCCGAUCAUCACUGUGCACAAAUCAGGCACCGUAACCGUAGCCCAGCAGGCUCAGGUCGUCACCACCAUGGUCGGAGGAGUCACCAAAACUAUAACCCUUGUUAAGAGCCCCAUUACAAUGGGUGGCAGCGGGUCUCUGAUCUCCAGCCUUGGGAAGAUGAUGUCUGUUGUCCAGACCAAACCAGUACAAUCCUCUGCAAUCACCGGGCAGGCUGGAAGCAGUCCUGUUACUCUAAUACAAACGAAGACUCCUCUGCCUGCUGGUACCAUCCUGAAACUGGUCACAUCUGCUGAUGGCAAGCCCACCACAAUCAUUACAACGUCACAGGCAGGAGGGGCUGGCACCAAACCCACUAUCCUGGGAUACAGCACAGUCUCUCCAACUACCGCCAACAAACCAGGAACCACCAUUAUUAAAACCAUUCCCAUGUCUGCUAUCCAACAAGGAGCUACGGGUCUGACUAGCAGCCCUGGCGUCAAGUCCCCCAUCACAAUUAUCACCACUAAGGUUGUUACUCCUGGCACGGGUACUCCAGGGAAAAUCAUAACAGCUGUGCCAAAACUGACAGGUGCAGGACAACAGGGGGUCACACAGGUGGUCCUGAAGGGGGCGCCAGGGCAGCCUGGCACUAUCCUGCGCACUGUGCCUAUGGGUGGCAUGCGUCUGGUUUCACCAGGCACUGUGUCCGCUGGCAAACCAACUGUUACCACACUGGUUGUCAAGGGCACCACGGGAGUCACAACUCUGGGUACAGUAAGCGGUACUGUAUCAACUAGUGUGGCAGGGGCCAAUGUGGCAAGCGCUAACGCCAGCCUGGUGACUCCAGUCACCACACUUGGCUCCAUCGCAACAUUGUCCAGUCAGGUGAUCACUCCCACGGCCAUCACUGUGUCUGCUGCCCAGACCAAGCUCGCCACCGCUACAAUACAUCCGGCAGCCCAGCCUACUCAAGUAACCCUGAUCACGACUCCAAGUGGUGCUGAGGCCCAGCCUGCACAGGAUCUUCCUGUCUCCAUCCUGGCCUCUCCCACCUCAGAGCAGUCCACCACCACUGGUGCUGAUGCUGGUGACGGCGCUGGAGAUGGUGCUACCACCGUGACACUGGUCUGCUCCAACCCUCCCUGUGAGACACAUGAGACUGGAACGACUAACACGGCUACAACGGCUUCUGCCAAAAUGGGCAACAAACAGAUUUGUUCCAACCCUCCAUGUGAGACCCAUGAGACUGGAACGACCAAUACAGCUACAACAGCUUCUGCCAAAAUGGGCAACGAACAGAUUUGUUCCAACCCUCCCUGUGAGAUGCACGUGACAGGCACCACCAACACAGCAACCACGGCCUCUGCAAACAUGGGCGCAGCACAGCAGAUGUGUGCUAACACACCCUCAGAAACUCACGACACGGGCACCACCAACACAGCCACCACUGCCAGCUGCAACAUGGGAUCUAAAGAGAUGGGAACCGUUAACAGCAAGACGACAUCGUCUUCUCCAGCUAAGUCUUCAGCUUCUGGUUCAGAACCAGAAACACCCAGCUCAGAGAGCAGUGCUGGAUCGGGCGCCAUGCGGCCGGAGAAUCCCCGCACGGGGACCACCAACACCUCCACUACCGCCCGCUCCAACAUGGGCUCCGACCAGACCGGAACAGUGCAGAGCUCCAACAAGAGCCAGGCCGGCAUUUCUUCUACAUUAAUGCCUGUUUGCUCCAACUCUCCCAGUGAAACGAAUGAGGACGAUAUCACAAACUCUUCUCCUGUGUCUGGUGACGUCCAGCAGGUCUGCUCAAAUCCUUCCUGUGAGACACAUGAGACGGGCACGACCAAUACAGCUACACAGUCGAGCUCUAGUAUGGGCAGUGGGCAAACCGAUGUUGUGGAGAGGGUGUGUUCCAAUCCGCCCUGUGAAACUCAUGAAACUGGCACGACCAGCACACCGACCCAAGCCUCGUCUUCUAUUGGUGCUGGACAGAACAACACUGUGCAGAGGGUGUGUUCCAAUCCGCCCUGUGAAACCCAUGAAACGGGCACAACAAACACACCGACCCAAGCCUCGUCUUCUAUUGGUGCUGGACAGAACAACACUGUGCAGAGGGUGUGUUCCAAUCCGCCCUGUGAAACCCAUGAAACGGGCACAACAAACACGCCGACCCAAGCCUCGUCUUCUAUUGGUGCUGGACAGAACAACACUGUGCAGAGGGUGUGCUCCAAUCCGCCCUGUGAAACCCAUGAAACGGGCACAACAAACACGCCGACCCAAGCCUCGUCUUCUGUCGGUGCUGGACAGAACAACACUGUGCAGAGGGUGUGCUCCAAUCCGCCCUGUGAAACCCAUGAAACUGGCACCACCAACACAGCCACGACGGCAACAAGCAGCUUAGAAACUGGAGAAGUAGCAGACCAGCAGGCCGGUGAUGGACAGAGUGACAGCGGCACCAGCUCAGAACCCUCAUCAUCUACAGAACCAGCCAAUCCCACAACACAAAGCAGAGCCAUCACCACAGUAACACAGGCCACGCCCACUCCAGGACCAUCAGUACCGGAGAUUUCAUCCAUGGCUGGAUCUGCGGUAGUGGCUGAGGUCCCAGGAGAGGCCGAGGCCAUGGAGCAGACCAGCGCUGAGGCUGUGGCGGCUGGAGAAGGGCCCAUGCAGACCGAGUGUCAGGGAGAGCUGGGUGAAGAGGGAGCCGUUAGGGUUGUUGCCAUAGAUGAAACUGCAGCCGGUGAAGAGGGCACCGUGCUACAGGUUCAUGUCGCCAUGGAAGCACAGCAAGGUCAAGGAGAUCAGGCUGAGCAGAUGGAGGUCGGUGUGGAGGGCGCAGAAGCGAUGAGUCUCGCCGCUCAAGACUCAGAAGCCCUCGCUCUGCCCCAGGAGCUGAUGUCUGCAGAAGGACAGCAAACCACCCUCAUGGUGACCGGACUGACUCCAGAGGAGCUGGCAGUGACGGCAGCGGCUGAGGCUGCAGCACAGGCUGCGGCUACAGAAGAAGCGCAGGCCCUUGCCAUCCAGGCUGUCCUACAGGCAGCUCAGCAGGCUGUGCUCAGUGAGGGAGACGCAGGUCACGAAGGGCAGCAGUCCACCACCAUACCUAUAGUUCUGACUCCGCAGGAGCUCGCUGCUCUGGUUCAGCAACAGCAGCAGCUCCAGGAGGCACAGGCGGCCGCAGCCCAGCAGUUAAGCGCUGCAGCAGCUGCAGCUGCACUGCCCACCGAAGGCUUGGCACCAGCAGACAGUCUCAACGACCCAGCAUCUGAGAGCAACGGCCACAUGAUGACAACUGCUGUUGCGGGAGCUGUGGCCCGUCUCCUUCCACGUACCUCUGCAGAGACUCUAGCCCCAUCAAGUAAUUUUGCACCAUCUCAGCCGAUGGUGGUAGCCAGCCCAGCCAAGAUGCAAGCGGCCACUGCUUUAGCUGAGGUGGCCAAUGGGAUUGAAUCAGCAGCUGGGAAGCAAGAAGCUCCUCCAGCCGUUGUAAGGCCACCAGUGAAAAAAGAGAAUCAGUGGUUUGACGUUGGAAUCGUUAAGGUCACAAACAUGGUUGUCACACACUAUUAUGUGCCAGCAGAUGAUUCAGUGGUUACUGAUGAUGAUUCUGGCGCAAUCCCAGAUUACAGCCGAAUGAAAAAGAUUGAGCUUUCUCCAGGCACUGCAUACAAGUUUCGAGUGGCUGGUAUAAAUGCGUGCGGCCGCGGGACAUUCUCUGAGGUCUCUGCAUUUAAGACCUGCUUACCUGGCUUCCCUGGAGCCCCGUGUGCCAUCAAAAUCAGCAAGAGCCCCGAUGGUGCCCACCUGACCUGGGAGCCUCCUUCAGUGACGUCAGGGAAGAUCAUUGAGUAUUCGGUCUAUCUGGCCAUCCAGAGCUCACAAACAGUCGAGGCUAAGGCAUCCACUCCGGCUCAGCUUGCCUUUAUGCGGGUGUACUGUGGGCCCAACCCGUCCUGCCUAGUGCAGUCAUCUAGUCUCUCCAACGCCCACAUCGACUACACCACCAAACCCGCCAUCAUCUUCCGCAUCGCCGCUCGCAAUGAGAAGGGCUAUGGCCCUGCAACGCAAGUAAGGUGGUUACAAGAAACCAAUAAAGAUGGCUCUGCAGCCAAACCUGCAGCAAAGAGGCCAGUCUCGUCACCUGAUAUGAAAGGCGCCGGCCCAAAGAAGGCCAGAUCUGACCAGUGAGAGCUCACCGUGACCCUUGACCCCGCCCUGUGUAUGAGCUGAACCAUGACUGAACUCCACCUCCUGCUUCCACUUCUCACCCCAUUCCAUCCUCUGCAAUGAACCAGAAGGAAACUGCAGCCAAAAAUAGGAAAACGUUCAAAAAAAGGAAAACCUUUCCAUUUCCAUUUUUGAGAAAUCCGCUCCUAUCACUGGACAUGUUGGUGCUAUGGACGCCUAGUUUCCAACUGUAUUUCUUUUUUUUUUAAACAUUAAUGUUCCUCCUCAGAAGCACAUACAUUUGCUUUUCCUGACAAGUUUGUGUAAUGCGAUUCUGACAGCAGCGUUCGGUCUAGUUAUAACUAUUAUCAAAUACUCAUUCUGUUUUUUUUUUAUUUUUUUUUUUUUUUUUUAAAGCUUAUUCCUAUACAAGCAAUAGAUAACAGAAAGAUAACUUUGCUCUUGUCAGUUUGUUGUUGUUUUCAUUAUUUGGGCAAGUCUGUAUAUUUCAACCACGUGCUGAAAGGAAACAGAGGAAGGAGUGCGGACGGCGAAACGAAGCAAGGGAAAUGCAUCGAAAUCAAAUGAAAACGGACAGCACUUGGUUAUGCUUGUGAGGGAAAAGACUCUGUAAUUAUUCAUUCACUUCGAGUUCAUUAGCCUGUUUUGCAUCACUGUGUGUUCAUACAUUUUGCUGUGAGGGACAAUUGAGGACCGCAACGCUGAAGACUAAAAGGACUUCGAUUCAUCUAGAUGAAAAGCAUACUACUUUUGCAUUGCAUCAGCUAGAUCUUGUAUAAAGAGAGAGAAAAUCCCAAAAAUAGUAAACGGUGAUACAGGAGUUCUUUGUGUGUGGUUUAUUUUUGUAAUUAUUAUUUUUCUUCUAAUGUAUUUGUGCUUCAGAGCGCAGUUUUAAACCUCACACCUCUCUUCAGCAUGUUAACUGCUCAUCCCUGUAGUCUCCAUGCUUGUGGAUUUGACAUGCGGGCCACAGUGUCUCCCGUGUUCAUGAAUGAUUUCACCUUUACUUUGGGAAUUGUAGUGUAAAAUGUAUUUGUUCUAAACGAUGACCCACUUUCGAGGUUUUCUCCACCCUUUUUCCACCCAACUUGUUACUUUUUUGAAUUUAUAGAACCCUACUGCAGAAAAAGAUGCUUUUAUUUUUAUUUCCCUCUUGUCAUUAGUCUAUAGUUCCUGUACAUUUACUUUUCUGAUUCUCACAUUUAUUUUUUACGCUUGGUUUUGUGAGUUGAUCGAUACGAGUUGGGAUUCUUCUCCAGCUGUGCGGCAAAAGUUUGAACCAUUUUCAUUCUCUGCCUCGGACUGUUUGGACUUGUUUAGGGAUGAAGGUUUGUGUAAAUGCUAAAUUGGUGCAAAGUAAGGAGAGGUUUUGAUUUGUAUGUCUUUUUUGAAUGGAAGUUGGAAACGGUUUGUUCCUGUUUCUUGUGGUUGGGAAAUGUUGCAGAUGGAUUGUUGGCUUAGCCAGAGUUUGACCUCCGUUGUAAAUUAGUUCUUUCACGUAGCAAGACGUAAAACAAAACUCUUUGCCUUUUUUAUAUAAUUAUCUGUAACAAAAUGUUUUUACAUGUUGUCAUCUAUUGAUUGCUUUUGUGUCUUGACAUAAAAGUAACAGAAUUCUG